AUGGAGAAUAGCAGAAAGUUCGCUAUUGAUAUUGGAGGGACCUUGGCAAAAGUAGCGUACUUAGACCAAGAUGAGCCUGCUUCUGAUUUGGAUUUUAGGACUUCUUACGGCACAAUUCACUUGGCUGUAUUUCAAAGCAGAGAUAUCGACCAAACCAUCGGGUUUUUGAAAAACUUAGGAUUCAAUAGCAAAGAAUUGCCUGUGACAGGGGGAGGGGCUUAUAAAUUUAGCAGUGAGCUUGAGGUAUAAUAAAUAUAGAGAGAGCUCCACACAACGGUUAUUAAGGUUGACGAAAUCCAAAGCUUGAAUGCUGGGUUCAGCGAGGUUCUCAAAGAAGUGCCAGAGCCUGCUUAUACAUUUUCGAUAGAAAGAGGAAAACAAAGUGUGGUCCCUAGGCCUUUGCCAAGCUUACUUUGCAAUAUUGGCUCAGGAGUAUCAAUUAUUAAAUUAGAAGAAGAAAGGAUUUCAAGAGUUACUGGGACUUGUUUGGGAGGAGGCACAUGUUUAGGACUCGCCACUGCAAUUUUGGGAAUAGAAAGCUAUGAGGAGCUGCUAGAAUUAUGUCAGCACGGGAAUGCAAAUAAUACCGAUUUAUUGAUGUCUGAUAUAUAUGGGUCAGGAUAUCCAGACACUUUGGCUGUUUCACUAGGGAAAAUUGCGAUGAAGGAUACAAAUGAGUUUCAAAGAGCUGAUAUAGCGAAGAGCUUAUUAAAUAUGGUAGGAUAUAAUAUUGGGCAGAUUGCAUAUCUAGCAACUAAACUUGAAAAAACAGAUCACGUUUAUUUUGCAGGGAAUUUUAUUAGGGGAUAUGAAUACACGAUGGAUAGAAUUAACUAUUCAGUGGAGUAUUGGUCACAAGGGAAAACUACAGCUCUGUUUUUGAAACAUGAUGGAUAUUUUGGUGCUUUAGGGGCACUUCUGAAAGUAUUGAAUCAAUAA